UUGCGUUUUUGUGUUCAACCUCAAAAUUCUUGCGUUAAGGGCACUGGAGCGGAAUAUCAGCGGCUUCGUAACGCUUACGAGUUUCUCUUCGCCCUGUUCCGUCAGUCGUGCGAUCCACUUGGAAGCGCCAGCGAUCCACUCAUGCGAGCAGCAGUAGCAAACCUACGGUCUGACCAACUCGCCCUAGGCGUUGCAAUGACCACCAAUCCGAAACAGUCUUUGAAGGCUCGCCAGUACUCGGAUCUUGUUCAGCAACAAAUGAAAUUAGCUGAGAUGAGCCCAGUAACAAAUGGAGCAAAAUUGCCCACCAUGCCACCGCUGUCAGUUGCGGCUUCCAUGGCUCCAAUGGAUCCUCAAAUUCUACAAAACCUUUUAGUACAACAACUCAUGCUUGCAUCUGCUCCGCAGUUAACACAAUGA